UAUCUAUCUUCAAAAACAGAAGAGCUCCAAUCUAAACCACCAUUACGCAUAGAAAAAUUAAAGUGUAUUUUCGGUGCCUGCGCAUAUCAUAAAUAGAAGUACAUAGCCAUGCCAGGAGCAUUGAUAGACAGGCCAAAGAUGACAAAGACGAUGUACCAGGCCUUGAAAAGGCACAUCAUGAAGGAGAGAGAAAGGAAAAAACAAGAACAAGAACAAGACGCCAUGAUGAUGGAAAGAAUAAAGAAGGAAGAAGAGAUGAGAAAGAAGAAGGAACAGGAAGACAGUUUAACUCUAGAACAAACAAAAGAGCAGAUUGCUCAGCUUGACAAGAAGAUGGAGGACCUAAAAGCAGAAAAACAUGAUUUGUUCUCCCAGCUAAAGAAAGUUCUGCAUCAAGAAGAUGAAACUCGCAAAAAGGCUCAGCUGAAGGAACAAAGUGAGCUGCAGAUCAUGCAGCACAGCACAGUGCUAGGGCUGCCUCAUGCCAUGACGGGCCGACCCAUAUUAUACAGACCCCCACAGCCCCAAAUGGUACAGCAAGUCAGUCUGAAGAGGGGAAGGAGUCCUUCUCCCCCGCCAACUCAGCCAUACCAGUAUAACAACAAAAUGAUGGCAGCUUCUCUCCCAGUGGAGAAACCCCACCCCUACACCCACACCUCCCAGCCAGAUUAUAAACAACAGUCCAAUUUCCCCCAGAGUCAGGCGGGUCCUGGCUACCCCACCCAGUCGAGUCACGCUUUCCAGCAGGCAGGGUAUGUCCCAAGCAAGUCCCCUGUCAAGUACAACCCGGGGAGUCAGUCUGCAUUCUCCUCCUAUUCUAAUCCCUACGCACAUCAGCAGACCAAACAGCUCCAGGAAUCGGGGUUCCCAGCAUACAGAAUGCAGCAGCCAGGAUACAUCACCACACAGCAUGGCUCAAGCAUCCCCCUACAGAAACAGUUGGAACAUGCCAAUCAACAGUCUGGUUUUAACGAGGAAAAAUACAAAUUACAACAGCAAAAUUCAGCCAUCAGAGGGGUUGCUCCAUUGCCAGGACAGCAGUCCAUGAUGCACCAACCACUGCAAAUUCAGCAACAGCAGCAGCAACCAUCUAAGGGCAGUAUUGUAACAGGUUACUCUGCGAGAGGACAGACCCCUAUUUCCACCAGCCAGUACCAACCGCAACCUAGUAAUCAGCCAAAUUUUACUGCCCAGUCCCGACCCCAGCAUCACAUGAGUGGUCAGCACCCAGGCAGAUAUUUCUGAGAGGUCAAGGUCAUUCUGGAGUCAUCUUUAUUUUCCUGUACAGGUCCCUGUAGUGUGGAGAGAAUACAGGCCAAUGCAUCACUUGUACUGUUAACCAGCUCUGCCCAAACAGUACAUUGUUUAUACUGUGUACGGGUACUUACAAUGUAUAUGUAAAUCAGCGUGUACUGUUAUACAGUAUACGGUAAAUGAAGAAUCAAUGUGUUUUCCCACUGGUUAGUGACAACUUGGUUACAAACUGAGAAUGUAUUCCUGAAAAUUGUGCUUGAAGAGCUUUCUCCUCAUUAAAAUACAUGGUAAAAGUUUUAAUUUUUGGGCGCUUUUUCUCGAAAAUAUCUUUCUGCAACAUUCAAAUUGUCUAUCUCUAGUUGAAUGCAAAUAGAUGUAUAUAAGAAACAGCCUUUUAGUUUGUAUUCUUCUAUUUUAUAGACUGAAAUAGAAAAUAUUAUUUGUGUAAAUGUUGUAACUUGUUUAAAACAAUCAAUGUUUUCUUAUGAUAUUUGAACUUUUCUAAUUGGGAUGGGAGGGGACAUGUAGUAUUUUACUAUACAAAUCAAGAGUGAAAUUCCAUAUCUACUUACAUUUAGUUGGUCAUAAUUAAUCAAGAAAAUUUACAUACUUUGUAUGUUGAUUGUUAAAUAGUUACAAUUUUUGUAAUUCGUUUGUUCCCAUUUCUAUUUUUUAUAUUGAAUUAGUUUUUCUCUGGAGCUUAACGGAUCUUGUGUAAUAUAUAUUUGAUUGGGGUUUUUUUUUAUAGUGGCAUGUUACCAUAUAAUUAUUUCUUUUUAUAAAACAUUCACUCAUGUAAACAAUACAUACAUUUUGUCAGUUAUCCUAUCAAGAGAUACCUUUAAUUCAGUAACUUACCAUUUUUUUAUUUAUGGUAAGUUAAAAAAAUAUAUUUUUUGAUGAGGAAGAAAAAUGACAUUGUUUUAAUGAAUAUGGCAGGUCCAUACGAUUACCAAUUAAUGAAGAAAAAACCUAACACAUUUUGUAAAAUAUUUAGUUGGUGGUUUUUUUUUGGGGGGGGUAAUUUUUUUGAUUUUGUAACUAUCUUUGUAAUUCCCUCUUUUUUUGGAAAAAUGGUUAGAAAAUCAGUUGUUGUGUGAUGUCAGCAAUGGUUUUAUGUUCUGUUUUCCACCUGGAAAAGUACACUCUUUUUUUUCAUGAAAUCCAGUUUGUCAGACAGUUGUUUUUUUUUCUUAUUAAGAAUCUUCUUUGUUGCGGGAGACAGCGCUAGCUCAAUCAUGCACAUUUCUUUAAAUUUACCACCUAAUUUUUUGUUGUCCAUGAUUAGGAAGUUUGAUUUGUAGUGAGAUGUCAGAAGUUCAGGGGAAACAUAACAAAAAAAUUAUGUACAUGUAUGUAAGUAUAUGUUUUUGAUGUCUUUAGUGCUGGAUAUGAAAUAUUGAAUUCCUUAAAUAUGCUAUUGUAAUGUCGAAUAAAAAAUAUUUAAAAAGCC